AUGUCGGACGCGACCCCAGAACAGCCGUUUCGAUUUCUCGACCUGCCGAAAGAACUCCGAUUCAUGGUCUACGAGGAGCUCAUGGACAACAANAAGAACAACAUCAAGUUCACGCAGCCUAAAGGAUUCGAGGUCGAUGAUGUAUACCUCGACGACAUGUACUAUCCGAACCUGCUCAAGGUCAACAAGCUGGUCCGUGACGAGUACUGGCCUCUAUGUCUUCGCACAGCGACCUUGUGGAUCAAUUACGGUUGGGACGAAUUUUUGAACUGGCAAGACGAAACAGAUGACAGCGAUCAAGAAGAGACAGCGCUGUCGUUACUUUCUCAGUGGCUUCAUCUACCAGACGCAGUUUUGGCCAAGUUGACCGAUGUCGUCUACAAAUUCCAAGCUCAUUGGGAGCUUCCCGAGUUCAGUAAGUCAUAUAAAGCACUCUUUCAACUCUGCUUCUUCAAACAGUCUCUGAUCAUCNNUAUAGACCCGUUCCAGGGUAUUGCCGACUCUACUGUGGAGCUGCCAAGCUUGAAGUUCAUCGGUAUAUGGUCAGAACUCGAGAUGUCUGUUGUAGAGCGUGGUCAGGACGAAGCAGAGCGGGAUGAAAAAUUCCAAGACUUUGUCGGUGCCCUUUUCGACGAGGAGAUGGCUCUUGUCAACCUUGACGAGGAAGAAGACCGCAAUCUCAACAUUCGUGUGGAUUGCAGUUUGUACACGCCGCUGUUCGAGAUGAACAAGAAUUACGUUUGGCCCCGUCGCAGACAUCUUCAGCAAGGUCUGGCGCCCGCGGCUGGUCUUCCAGAAUGGGGUCACUCGAUGUACCGGGUGGCUGCUCCUUGGGAACUCCCGCUCGACGAUUCGUUCACGUAUUGCGGCGAAGAGCUGGUUUUCGUGCGUCUCGAUUACGAAUUGCCUGUGCUCCCUAGGUCCGAGACGGAAUGUGAUAGUCCUAGCGAGUGGGAUUACGAGUUUGACGAGAGCGGCUUUGCUACAGGUAACACACCAGACUGGAGCUCAGGUGCAAGACCAAUCUGGAUGGAUCACGAAUGA